CGAUACAAGAACCCAGCAAUCAUCAGAGAAUGAAGACAAAGACAGUUGAGAGCAGGAUGAUGUGUCCUGCAUGGCUGUUGGUGACUGUGGUGAUUGUGGGUGUGGCCAGAGGAGCCGCCAGUCAGUGUUGGGAACAUGCGGCCUGUCAGGAGUUGGACUCAACAAGCAUGAUGGAGUGUCUGCAACUCUGUCACACCGACCUCAGUGACCUGAACCCUGACACCGCUCCACUUCAGCCUCCCCUUCUGCCCGACUCUGACACCUCUGCCCCUGCCAAGCGCUCUUACUCCAUGGAGCAUUUCCGCUGGGGGAAGCCCGUAGGCCGAAAACGGCGCCCCAUUAAAGUGUACAUGUCCAACGAUGUGGAGGAGGAGUCGAGUGAAGUUUUCCCAGGAGAGAUGAGGCGCGAUUUAAUCAAUGAGUUGCCGGCAGGAACGGAGGAAAAUGAGGUGAUGGAGAAGGAUGGCGUCCAGAAGAAAGGCGACUCCUACAAGAUGAAGCACUUUCGCUGGAGCAGCCCACCUGCCAAUAAACGCUACGGUGGCUUCAUGAAGGGGUGGGAUGAGACCAAGCAGAGAUCCCUGGUCACGCUUCUCAAGAACGUCAUCAACAAAGAUGGACAAACGCAUAAGUAGUGUUUUGCACAGGCGCUCAGCAAAGAGUUGAGUCACUGACCAAACCAUGAAAGCGUGUUUGAACCACUUCUGACUGUAAAUA